AUGGCAACAUGCAUCCCAACAAUGGCUAUUGGCUAUAUUUUCCUUGCAUUUUUUCUCUCUGCAGAUAUUGGACUUUUUCGAGGUGUUGAAUCUUUUGGAAUCAACUAUGGCCAAGUGGCUAACAAUUUGCCUCCGCCAGAUAAAGUCCUAGAACUGUUGAGCGCCAUUAAGCUCACAAAAACAAGAAUUUACGACACCAAUCCUCAGAUUCUGAGUGCUUUUGCUAAUUCAAACAUUGAAAUCAUUGUAACUGUGGAAAACGAAAUACUAAGCCAAUUGGAUGAUCCUCAACAAGCACUUGAUUGGGUAAACAGCCACAUCAUACCGUACCUGCCUGAGACAAAGAUCACGGGGAUUCAAGUUGGGAAUGAGGUCUUCACUGAUGAUGACACCACUCUUCUUCAACAUCUUGUGCCAGCAGUGGUUAACAUUCAUAAUGCUCUAGCUCAGUUAGGCUACUCAAACAUCCAAGUUUCAACACCUAGUUCCUUAGCUGUGCUUGAGCAAUCUUACCCUCCUUCAUCUGGUAGUUUCAAAAGUGAGAUCUCUGGGAUCAUGUACCAGUUCUUGAACUUCUUGUCAAGCACUAAGACUCCCUUUUGGAUCAAUGCCUACCCUUAUUUUGCUUACAAGGAUGACCCCAAUGGGAUUUCUUUGGACUAUGUGUUAUUUAAUCCUAGUGCAGGAAUGGUUGACCCUUAUACCAAUCUACACUAUGAUAAUAUGCUUUAUGCUAUGGUAGAUGCUGUUGCAUUUGCCAUUGCUAGAAUGGGUUUCAAAGGGAUAGAAGUUAGGGUCUCGGAGACUGGUUGGCCUUCAAAAGGAGACUCUGAUGAGGUUGGUGCCACACCACAGAAUGCUGCUACUUACAACAGGAACUUGUUGAGAAGGCAAAUGGCAAAUGAAGGGACACCUCUGAGUCCUAGAAUGAGGUUGGAAGUGUACUUGUUUGCAUUGUUCAAUGAAGAUAUGAAGCCUGGACCAACCUCAGAAAGAAACUAUGGCCUCUUUCGGCCUGAUGAAUCUAUGACAUACAAUGUAGGGUUGUCUGCUCUUACAACCACAUCAGCAUCAACUUCGACAGCUUCAAUUUCUCUUGCCUCUUCUGGCACUAGGACAAAGGUAGCACCAAUGGAAUACCAAAGCUUGGUCUACUGGAUGUUUGUGUAUGUGCUGAUUUCAACACUUUCUGUGUGAAGAAUAUUUCUAUCCUUUGGAAUUCAUGUCCAUAUAUUAAGUACAGUUGGGAUUUUACUUCCGUCAAGUGUCUAAAAAGAGAUCAACCCCAUAAACAAAGGCACUUCCAGAAUCUCAAAGUUUGAACAUUGAUGGUACCCUAUUUUGCAGAAAAUAGAACCAACACACUUUCCAAACGAUUGGGCAAAAAAAAUCAGCAAUACGGCAAAGAAAGAAAGGAAUUCAAUGUAAGAAGAAUGGAAGAUUACCCAACAUCUUCAUCAAGUGGCUAUACUUUCAUUCACUUACCCCACCUUUAGUCACAUUCUAACAAAUAAGCAUGUGGUGGUGACGUGAAAUUGUGCUUAUUUUAGGUAGA